AUGCUUGCUUCGGCAUUUUCCGUACUUCUCAGAAGGCAGUCUUUCCUCUGUAAUAUUCAGGCGAGGGUAUGAGGGUCUUACUCCCUAGCUUAUAUUCAGGCUUUGACUUUAUUAAAAAGGAAAUAUCCCCUACGGAAUCCGCAUUACACAGCUCUGAAGGGAGGACCCACCCAACUCUCCGUUGAAGAGCAAAUAUAUGAAGAAAUUGGUCCAGACGAUGAGCGUCCUAUUUUGGAGGUGCUGUUGUCGGCCGACGUUCCUGGUGUGUUUUUAGUUGUGGCACUUGGUGUUUGAACUCUGUCACUAUUGUGUAUUUGUACUGGAUUCAUUAGGUGGUUAAAGUAGCUCGCACAUCAUCUUGAUUUUAUAAAAUACGCGUUUGUAUUACGAUAAUUACUUUGGAACUCAUCCAGCCUACCUCAUUCAUUGUUAUUUGAGCUUGCAUUAGCACUAAAUUGCCCAACUCCCUGGUCGAUCUUAUAGCAAACGAAUGUAGCUAACUUUGUCCAUGUAAAUCAGACUUGUAGAAAUCCUGUGCCAUUGACUGUCUGUUACUGAGCUUCUCACAAGUCGGCCGUCACAUCAUCCCCACCUUUUCAUAUCUAACCUGGUCGACCACUUGCAAAUCCAUCACACUUAGACCCGCGCACUAGUGCCAGGAGCUCCAACACACACUCCCCCACAUCCGCCUCUCACCACCCACCACAAGCACGGAGUCGGUACCUCCCACACAAGUAGGAAUCGUUAUCCCUAUCCCCCUCUCUCUGUUGCCUCGAUAGCACUGAUGCAUGUGGGAUUCUAGUAGUCAACCCCCUUUCGUGUGAGAUCGCGGUGUGUCCUACGGAGACCAAGACAAUCUACAGGUGCUCUGGAGAGAGAGAGAGUCACGCCGACUCUCAGUGUAUAUGACAUGUUGGCAACUAUGGCGAUGCGUUAAAAGCCGUGCCUUCGAGGUUUGUCAAGAGAACUUGUAGUCAGUCCAGUGCUUGUUUGUGUAUGGAGUGGCCGACUGGUGGACUGGCUGCAAUGACUGCAAUGUGGUCUUUAUGGCAAUCUCACGCAUAUGUGAUCGAAUCCGUACGCUCCCUUUGUGUGAAUUGCCGCUUUUAUGUGUCUAACACGCUCAUUUUGGCCCCAUAGUCCUGUCGAACACUGCAUCCAAUCCCAGCAUCAGGCAACUGGCCGACUCUGAUGGUGGGUUGAUGUCUGGAUGAGGGAUGGGUUAGUGGGAUCGACUGCCUCAGCACAUAUCCCCUACUAUAAGCAACAUAACGCGCUUGAAUAUAUCACGGUGUUCUGAAAGCCGCGAUUUGGAAGACCGCCAACCGACUGAAUAACGCUGUCCUCCUCUCAGGACGUAGAGUCAGACUUCACUAGUUCCUUCUUGAUGCGGCCUUUAUGACACUUUCGCUCAGUUAGGGGUCCGAGCUUCCCACUCUUUUCUUUUUGCAUGGGAUUCUGGUCAUUUGUACUUUAACCAGGGGGUGUGGUGGCACUCAGAUGCGAGCUUUGCUGCGUCAGCCACCUGUGCCCGAUUCCGCUUCCGGUCUUCCUGACUCUGCCUUGACACCGGGUCCAGGUGGGUAAAAAGGACAGAGUAAGUCAGAUGCAUCGUAGGUCCAUAAUCAUUAUAUACUAGUUCGUCCGCAAGUCACUGUUCUUACGCUCACCAUGCUGUGGGUCACACGGCGGACAUCUUCGGAGGCGAAGGUCGAACUGCCGUGUCAUAUUUAGCUCCCGCGGCGCUGACGUCAAGUGGGGCUGACACUCUCUAAAAUUACAGAACAAACGAGAUCGCAAUGUCUCGGGCGUAGUGCACAUCUGAACGAUUUUAGCUGGGUAUGCCUUACUAAGCGCAUCUCCCGUCGGCCCUCGUGUUUUUCGUUUCCACAUGGACCAUAACGCUUUUUGACGUCUUAGUUCUAUGAGCAGCCAGAGCUCUGACAAGCAGGAACGAAGUGUUUUGUCGCUGCGGCCAUGGCUUCAUGGCACACUUGCCUGACCUCUGUUGUACCUCAAAAUGUGACCGAAGACUCCAAAACUAAUCGAACUUCAUUCACGACGCGUUUCUCUCUUUUCUCAAGCCUCGUAUUGGUUAAUGUGUGGUAUGAAAUCACUCGUGUAGUUAAGUCCACUCACGGCCUCCGGCCCUAAAUAACUGCAGCAAACCCCGUUUGUUUUGCACGAAGCCUUUGUACGGCGUAAUUUUCCGGUGUUGUCGAAUGUGCUGGACUUUUACUCUUAGUCGUCAAUGGCAGGCAGUUUUUCUUAAAGUGAAAUCCCGGGGGCUGACACCGACAGGAUAAUUGAAUAUCUCUACUUGCUAUAUCAAAGCUCGCUUGUCCGUUGGCCAUUGUGCGGAAGGAUACCCACAGCAGCUCUUGCACUUGGUUUUCUCAUCCUACUUCAAGAUGGGCUAAGCAUCAGGCAUCAAGAAUGAUCUCACCUUUCCGUCUUUAUUCAACCGUCGUGAAACCAGGACGCCAGUAUUAGCAGGAGACUUGUGGAACCUCAUAAAUUGGUAAUUUCCUCAAGGAAGGAAUGGCCUCGCGACAUUGGAUAGACGAAAGAUUUAAAAAGUCGUCGAAAAGAAGAAAAGGGAGUGAUGGGUUAGUUGUCGGAGUUGAGAAAACAGUCAGGGCACUCACGCCACCCCUCGACUUCGGCUGCAUUGUCUGCGGUAAGGCUGUCAUUCGCAUAUGGAGUCCAGCCACCCCCAGCUGAAAAUUUACCAUCAAAUUGGUUAGUAAGUUUGUUGAGUUUUUAAGUGUCAUCUGCGUCUGAGAUCACCGCAGUGACCCACCAGUUAACUUUACCGUACUGCAACGCCUUGCUCUCGCUGCUUGGGCAGAUAACUGCAAGACACUGUUGCGUGAGUCCGAGAUUUCCGUCAUAUGCUUAGCUACUGUUGACUUUUAUGAUUAUUUCUCACUAUCCUCCUCCUCCUCCUCCUCCUCCUCCUCCUCCUCCUCCUCCUCCUCCUCUUCCUCCACGAUGAGCACAGACUAAAACUGAAUUUCUGUGUUCACAGCCUUUGUUAUGUUGCAAUGACGUAAUUUUCGGAUAUCAGUGCUUCUAGCAGAAGAAAUUUUUAGUGGGGUGCGAGCGAGUACAUGUUUCGACUCGUUGGUUAUGCUGAUUUCCGUAUCCCGCUUCGAUCUGAUAUCGUGUGCAUAGCCGUGAGGCCUUCAACUACGAUUCAAUCAGCCUGGCUUCCUCCUCGUGUGUGUAAUCGUGGCAUGAGCGUUUGGGGGCGGGGGGCAGAUCGUGCAUGUGGCGCAUACCGAGAGGCGAAAACUGGAGGUAUUUGACCACCACUGCUUGAGGACCAUUCUUCGAGUGAAGUUCACCGAUUUCGUCUCAAAGAGACAGUCCGCGCUCGCUGCGUCAACAUCGCAAGGAUAACUCAGGCCAUCCAAGAAAGACGACUGAAGUGGUUCGGGCAUGUUCUUCGUCGUUCACCUCAGGAGCUCAGUGUUACUGCCCUCGAUCCGGCACCGCUGCCCCAUUGGAGGCGUCGAAGAGGGGGUCAGUUUAAAACCUGGCUCUUCACAGUUCGUCAAGACAUGGAGGUUGUUCUUGGACCUUCGGUAUUCGGUCUACGUCGUUGGCGAAGGGAAUGGGUUGUGCUGUCCAAAUCUGCUGCCGCGAAUCGUCACGCAUGGAGAGGUGCAGUUCGGGACAUCAUUGAGGCCGGCUAGAUCAGGCAUGAUCGCAGCCGUAUCAAGUCAAGUCAAAGUCGUUUUUGGUGGGGUGCAGGCGAGUACAUGUUUCGACUCGUAGGUUAUGCUGACCUCCGUAUCCCGCUUCGAUCUGAUAUCGUGUGCACAGCCGUGAGGCCUUCAUCUACGAUUUAAUCAGCCUGGCUAGGUGCACGGCCAUUGCACUACCGGGUCAGUGCAUAUUUUAGGUGAAACCGCAAGCUGUCUGUUGAAUGGCAUGAAAAACAGCCAAUAAGCCGGACCGAUGCUUCUGCAUAGAAAAGCUUAAACUGCUCCAUUUCAGGCGUGUCGUCUGUUGUCAUGUCAGUAUGAGGUUUUCAGUAAAAGUUUCCUAUCUCCACGCAACACGCAGGAAUAAAAACUCCUGAAGUCCUAUCGCUCUUUCAAUUGUGGGCUUCGUAGCUAACAUAUCAACUUCUGCGGCAUCUUGGCAAGCAUUUUUGCCAUUACUUUCAACGUAAACUGAGUAAGAGACUUUACGAUCCUCCUUACGGGUUUUCGGCCGUCCAUAAUCGCGCCUUUUAGGACUGUUGGCCUAUGUUGCCAAAACUACAACUACCUAUAAUUUGGCAUAACGAGCCAUUACCGGUAGGCACUACUACAGCUACUGUGUCACUCUGAUAUCCCAACUUACAGUGGUUCUUUCAUAAUCUAGGCCUAGGCGAAAGAGGCGAUCUCGUAAAAGUUCACAGAAACCGUUUUUGGAAUCACCUCUAUUUGCUACGGUUAGCAGAACUUCCAACCGAGGAGAGGACUUCUCAGCUCAACGCAGAAAAGGUAGGCAGUCGGAUGUUGUGCCAAAAUUGUCUACUCUGCUGUCGUUGCGAAUUUAAGUUUUUGAGGCUUUCAAAAUUAGUGCCAUUAGGAGUCUCCCUUCGUAGUCAGUUAUUUUGCAAUCUAGAUCCUAAGGGUUAAAACUGGCUACUUUUAAAUGCAAUUAGUGACCCCCGCUUCCGAAGUUUAUCUACUGAUGGGUACCUUUGGUCCCAUAAAUUUCCCCAUAUAUAUGGUAGAGGGAGGACCUCACCUAUCGUGUUACAGGGCACACUCUUCCCCUUAUGUCUCAGGGCUCGUUAGAAGUUUAUCGUCCUAACCAUUGAGCCACAAGCUCGUUGUCCCGUGGGUUGCGAUCGGGUAUAUUGGUAAUGGUAGAGGGGGCGUUCACCGAACACUGUGCGGCUGCCGCCGGUGCUCUAGAUCGAGCCCCAAGACACAGGGGAACUAGUAUGUCCCGUAACGCGGUCGGUGAGCCACCCCCUCUACUGUUGUUAACUUUCCUGAUCGAAACCGACAGGAUGACCCCGUGACUCAAUGGCUAGAACGCUAAACUUCUAACCAAUAGAACGCUGGUUAAAGACUCAGGGUUCGGUAAUCUGAGGUGGGGUGUGACUUGCUAGAAAUGACCAUUCCAGUCCUCCUGUCCUUGUCGGUAAUGUCGUUCUGCCCUUACAGCUAGCUGCUGUGUGACUGCCUUCGGGGCUAUAGAUCGAGCCCUAAGUCACGUAACGAGCGGGAAUAUAUGUAUGCAGAAAGAGAUUGUGGACAAGGACAGGGAAGACUGGAAUGGUCGUUUCUACAGUAAUUAAUAUCCCCGAUCUGAACGACUGUUCCAUCGCACGCACAGUAAGCUAGUUAUUGCUCUCCUGUUAAAUGCCAAGAUCCCCCUGCAUACCGUUCUCCGACUUAUCAAAUUGUUUACAUUUCUUGAACGUUAGCUCCGCGUAUGCUCGCUCAAUCUCGUGUAAGACGCUUUUGCUUCGACAUCAUCUGGAUUCUAAAUAGGUGGCUUUUCAAACAGCAUAAAAAUAUCAAGCAAAAUUUAACACAAAAUGCAGCCUCUUAGAUCUAGAACUGUGGCGAUAAGGAUGAGAUUUUCGAAUUUCUUAUUAACCUAGAGAAAAAAAUCUUCCGACAGGCGAUAUAUACGACGAAUUAUGGUUUCUAGCAAGUAGGUUAUGACUAGAUGACUAAGUGAGUUAGACUUCAAAGAAUUGUGCCGAUUGUGUACACCAGUUUUUUAAAAUUUGGUGAAAAAAAGUUAAAAGAGCAUGAACGAAAUUCCCACGUUAUAGGUGGACUUCACUAGUUGAAUUUCAGGUUAUUGAACAAGAGACUGUUUACAGUUGUCUACUCGGAGACGCUAUUUGACCCACCUGAAAUUUUGAGCUCUGUUCCCGAUUUCAAAUCCCAAUUGUGCAAAUAACUGAGUUUACUGAGUCACUGGCUCAUGAUGGCGCAAAUAAGGCAAGAGUUACUCCUUCCAUGCUCGCCUUUCCUGUGACGCUCCUGAAUGAAAUCAGUUCCAUUUGACAAGUGCAUAGUUUGUUGGAAUUUGGCGAAAUGUCCAUCAAGUCCUAUCCUGCCUUUGGUCAUGUCCAUUAAUUUCUGGUCGACUUUUUUCAUUCAAAGGUAUAGGACAUACAAGUGUUGGUAUAAUUCUCUGGUAUGAUCAAAUUGACAUUUGACUUUAUUUGACUCUCUUCCAUUCUUACGCCUAGCGAGAGGACAAGUCUGUGCUUUGCGGUCACGCCUACGAAGUUCAGCAACGCCUCCUUAACAUGACCCUCUACAUCCCAAUGAACCCUAAUGCCCAGUGGACCCUCACUCCGAAUCACGUCAAAGUUGCAUUCAGGCGCCUGGCAAGCUCAUUCAAUCUAUCUUUAAUUACCUCCGUAGGGCAUAAUGUUAGAGGAGAAAGAUAUCACAUUGCCGGAGUCGCCUGUGACUGCUGAGACGCUUGGGAUGUUUCACAUCCACGUGAACGUAAGUUGCUUAGCCGUUUUCUUGUUCAGCUGAUCUAUCCUUUUAAUCGCCUCCUACAAGUCUUCUUUUUCUUCAUAUGACUCAUGGUCCUGCCUACGGUUUCGGGACCUUUGCGGUUCUUACGGAGUUAGUAUCGAUAAUUAUUCGGAAGACGUCAUUGUUGCAUUACACUUGCUCUCGACAGCAACGUAGCCUGGUCGUUCAAACCAGCCGCCUGUACACAGUGGGUCUCCCCUGGCCGACUAAUGGCAGCGUGCAGGUCAGAAAUGAUCAUUCAAUGCCCUUUGACUGUGCUUUGAUUAUUGCUUGCUCCACACUGCGGCUGCCUGCCUGGCGCUGGACAGGAAUUCCAAGGCAAGACGGGGCGUCGCUAUCUCGCGCUGCAAGUUGAAUGGGUCGGUAAUAGCCGCGGUUCUAAGGAACUGCGGAUGCUUCCAAUCAGAGCGUAAGUCCAGGGAUAAAAUCCUUGAGCGUCAGGCUCAUGGACUAGAUGGAGCCAGGUUAAAACCUCAGAACUCCACGUCCGGGCGAUUGGUGCUGGCUGAGGAUGGGACGUAGGUCAACAAUUACCAUCUCAGUUUCUCUUGUUUUUGUUGAUAGUAUAUCUCGAGAUUGGGGACUGUGUGGCCCCCUCGGUCGAGUUAAUGGUCUUGCCCAAGACUACGGUGCCUUCCGCUUCCGAAUGUGCUAUACAACGUGCCCUUUUCGGCAUUACUUAGUGCUACAAACUAUACUGGAUUCCUCCUCCUUACUUUUAUUGGUCCUAUCUGCUUCCGAUGUCUCGUCACUUUUUCCCUUAAUUCUCGCAUUUUCGUUUUUUCUACUAGAUCGACGACCUCGCUAUGGUGCCUGUAGAGUCCCGCAUCUUCCUUUACCAGCGUCUAGACUCCAAGACCUGCACUCGUCCUCCAACCAACGUCUUCCGUAAGAUUCGCCUGAUCGACUGGGCAGCUGAUUUCAUGGAUGAAGAACUUCGCCUCCUACCCGGACAGUCCUUGAGACCAUAUCGAUAG